AUAUACAUUUCAAAUAACAUUUUGCCCCCCCUAAGGUUAUUUUCUGGCUCCGUCCCUGAAGGCAAUAUACAUGUUUGAGAAGGUUGCAUAUGAUGUUCAAGAGCGUGAUAAUUUCUCAUCUGAAGAAAUAAAGGAAUUGAUGGUUGGUGUUGGGCCAAUAGCAAUCAAAACUAUCUAUGAGCAUUGGAGGCAGAAGUGGCAGAGAAUGGGAAUGCCUUUAAUCCAACGCCGUCAGAUCCCAGAGGAGAAUUUCAGUUUCUGGGAAAAUCAAUGCGACCUUGGAGGAUCAUCAUGGUUCUCAUUCUUUUGGAAGGAGAUCAAAUGGGAUUUGCUUUUGGGGAUGAGAAGUAUUGAUAUCCAGCAUAUAACUAUGAAUCUUUUGAUGAUUCCCCAUUAUCUCAGGCGUCAGCAAGGGUAUUUUCACGACAAGAUACAGGCAGCAUGGGAUAUUUCCCCAUGGGCUAUGAUGGAUUUGAUAGGAAUCAUCACCAGAAACUUCAAAGAAGCAGGUCAAAGAAAUUUGGGUCUUUUCUACCUUCUAGUGAAAUGCAAAUGUUGGGUUUUUACAAUCAGAGAUAAAGGGCGGGAGAAAUGGAAUAAACAGGUGGAAUCUGGGCUUUUCUGGUUGGCCAAGCCAGCGGCAUUCUACUUAGGUGACUAUUUAAAACAUGACCUCGAACAGUUGGAUGAUUCUGAUCUCGACGAGUAUAGGUUGCGUGGUGCAUCUGCUGCGGCCCGCCAUGCGCUUAACAUGGCAAAACACAAGAGAGAAAAGGCACAUAGAUUAAUGUUCCGAGAAGAUGCAGCAGUGCACAAGGCUGCGUUUGCUGUAAAUGACUGUCGUUGCAGUUAAAGCUUCUUAUAUGGAGUCAAAUGACGACCCAAAUGGUGACGAGUAGGAUGAUGUGAUGCGGAAAUUGAUCAGAGCUUUGAGUUGUGGAAUUGAAGAGUACUCAAGGCAUUGCCAUUGCUUUUGCUUGCUGGUUUUACCAUUUCUUGUUAUGGUUGCCUGGAGCCCUUGUUGAUAGAUUCGACAGAAAUGUUCUAACUGGAUGAUAGUUGUGGGUGAAAACAUGUUGGAGCUAUGGCAUGAAAGCUGAAAAUGCAGUCAAAUGAAAUCUGCUAAAUGAU